AUGGAUUUGAUGCGCAAGGCCAAAAAUCUCUAUCGCGUAAAUUUGGGGAUCGCACAGCAGAAUGCCGUGGGGGAUGCGAGCUGCCUGCCGGAUCUCGUGUUUACGCCGGUGCCCUGCUAUGCGCUACCCGUGAGCACCGAUGACAAGGCGGCUAGCCUAAAGUCGGGUGUGAGGCGUGAAUCCUCCGACGACUCCGUGCAGUCGGUGUGCUUUUUUCACGAUAACAUUCGCAUCCGAGAAAUCCGUUCAAGUCAGGCAUACGGGCCGACCUUCGGGCGCUUCAUGGCGAUGCUUUUGUAUCGGGGAGAGUCGCUGGUGAUGGUGUUGGAUUCCCAUAACCGUUUUAGGCUGCACUGGGAUUCGAUCAUUGUCAAUUCAUAUUACCGGUACGAGGACCCCAAAGCGUUGCUCUCGCACUACCCGCCUUCUGCCACCGAUGAUGCGAGUGACAUCCACUCUCGUGAUAAAAAUAGCAUCGCUUAUCUGUGCAAUGCCUCCUUUGAUGAAAUGUUAGGGUAUCCUGUCUUAGCGGGGAUUCUUAUAGAUUCACCGGCACGCUUCCACUCUAAUCUUCGCUACAACGACCCAUACGUGGCGGUUCAAUCAAAGAAUAUCAAGCCUUCGGAUAACUUUCGGCUUCCUCAGCCGUGGGCUGCGGCGGGUUUUAUGUUUGGUUCCGGUCUCAUCAUGCGCGAGGUCCCAUUUGAUCCGCACCUUCCUCAUAUUUUUCGAGGUGAGGAGAUACUCUAUAGCAUGAGGUUGUGGACCCAUGGGUACAACAUAUACUCCCCGCCGUGCAGUAUUUUGUACCAUUAUUACGAUCGUAGGAAUGAUCCAAAGGUGUGGGAUGAUUCACCGAUGUGGAGCACCCUGGAGAGGCGGUCAAGAAGGCGGGUGCAUUAUUUGAUUCGGGGUCGUUUUCCUCUUAAGGCGGGGGAAGUGUUCAAUAAUUACAUGGAAGCUCCUCCGCGCGUUCUGCCGUCGACGCGUGAGACUGAGGUGCUUCUCGAUGUGGAGCGCUACGGCAUGGGGAGGGUGAGGACCGUUGAGCAGUGGUACAACUACGCGGGUGUGGAUCCGAUUCAUCACACUGUGGAUGGUCGAUGGUGCAAAAAUAUUUACAUGUCCAAGUAG